CUUGAUCCUGCAUUGCACCUUGGCCUCAACGGUUUUUACUUUUUAACUGUUCACUAUACAACCUCAAAAGGUCUUGAAAGGCGUUUGCUCUUAGUGAACCAUGUCAUUCAUACGCCGUAUAUGGCAGAAGCUCGUCAAGCCUUCAUAUCUUGUCGGAAGAGAUAUUGCCGGAAACAAAUUUUAUGAGUACCCGGGUGAGAUCCAGGACCCACGGAAAACGAAGCGCAUCGUAAAGUACAGAGAAGGACAUGACAUGCAAGACUUUAUCUCUGGGCACAAGCGACUGGCAGUACAAUGGACGUCAUGGCUGACACACACGCGCAUGAAUCCUCCCACAUUGGAAGAACUCCAUGCCGAUCUCGAGCGACAGCGGCGUGUCUUGAUGCGCGCUGCGCUGAUCGAGGCACGCGACCGCGAGCAGCGCCCAGCAAUGCGAAUCUCCCCUCCUCAGCCAGGCGUUGAGCGCGAAAUGAACUCUCUUUCAGCGCAGGGCCAGCAGCAUUCGUCGGCUCAGGCAAGUAGCCCAGAACUACACUCUAAAUCUCAUGUCCCCAAGGCUACGCGACCCCGCGAGACCACACAGUAUCUGCCAGUGCAUCCCUCGGAAUACCGGGCACCUCCAGCAGACGAGCCGCAGCCCUGGAGUCCUCGAACUAUCCGUAGAGGUGGUUGAUUUAGGCGAAGCGCAACAUGUGGCUUAUCGGCCUGCAUUGUUAGGCCCAGAUUCAAACGGAUCAUACAUCCUGUUGUCUAGCAAUGAAUCCUGGAGCAUCACCCUAUUUCUCCGAGCCAGGCCGUCCCUUGUGCUUGUAUCUGCGCAAACACGCAGACAGCACGUUGUUGAUCUUGGAGCUGAGUGACUGAAUAUCAUGCUAGCAAAUGUACCCAAACUUGAAGGUUGUCCAAUUUGUAUAUUGCGUAUCGAUUUUUGAGUCGAUACGAGAUUGCGUGGGUU